UAUGAGGCAGAAAAGAAGCAACUGAAAAGUUUUUUGAAAAAUGUGAACAAAAUCAGUCUCACAACGGAUUGUUGGAAAUCAAAGAACCAAAAGAUCGAGUACAUGGUCAUUACAGGUCAUUGGAUUGAUGAAAGUUGGCAUAGCGUGUACUUAACUUUGUUCACAUUCCACCUCCACGUCGAGGCCUUGAAAUUGCAAAUGUCAUUUGGCGCUGCUUGGAGGAUUGGGGCAUCGAUGGUAAGAUCCACACCAUAUCUGUGGAUAAUGCGUCUGCCAAUGAUUCAGCUAUUGAAAAUCUGAAGAUUUAUGUGAGAAACAAAAGAAGACUACUUUGUGAGGGAAAACUAUUCCACGUAAGAUGUUGCGGCCAUAUACUUAAUCUCAUUGCUCAAGAUGGACUUUCUGAGAUUAAAAAUAUUGUUGAUGUUAUACGUGAUAGUGUAGAGUAUGUCCGACGAUCCGAUGCAAGACUUAAAAUAUUUUCUGAGAUAGUGAAGCAAUUGAAUUUACCAGACAAGAAGUUAGUUGAUGAUUGUCGGACAAGGUGGAACUCAACAUAUGAAAUGUUGGCUGCUGCAAUCAAAUUCAAAGAUGUCUUCCCAAGGUUUGCUGAUCGGGAACCACAUUAUGAUAUUUGUCUAAGUGCAGAGGAUUGGACAAAAGCAGAGAAAGUGUGCUCGAUAUUAGAGCUAUUUUGGACAGUUGCGCACAUUGUUUCCGGAAGUGAUUAUCCUACUUCAAAUUUGUUCCUUAAUGAGGUGAGCAGAGUGAAAGUUUUGUUAGAUAAGAAGUCAUUGGAGAAUGAUAUAUUCAUUCAGGACAUGGUUGCAAGAAUGAAGAAGAAGUUUGACAAAUAUUGGUGAGAUACUAAUUUGCUGAUGUCUAUAGCAGCUGCUUUGGAUCCCAGGUGUAAGUUGAGAGCGCUUAAUUCUGCUUUCCAAGACUAUAUUCUUCAGAGAAUGUUGAGAGGCAAAUUACUUUUGUUCGGAAGACAUUGUAUGAGCUCUAUUCUAGUAUGUGGCUAUUUCCAAAUUGAAGACGAGUCAAUUGGAGAAGGGCAAAGAAACAAACUAUCGAACCGAGAUCUUGCAAAUGUUGAAACUCAAAGUGGUUGGUCUGAGUAUGGUGAAUAUCUGAAGUCAGUGGAAUCUAUUCAGCCUCAAAAGUCUGAACUUGAUUUAUAUCUUGAGGAAAACUGUUAUAUAUUUGAGAAGGACAAGAAGGAUGGGAAAGACUUUGAUGUUUUGGAAUGGUGGAGAGUUGAUGCAUUGAAAUACAAGAUUUUAUCGAUAAUGGCAAGAGAUAUUUUAGCUAUCCCAAUCACCACUGUUGAUUCUGAGGCUACAUUUAGUGCGGGAAGUAGAGUAAUAGACAAAUAUCGUGCAUCAUUGACUUCAGAUACGGUUCAAGUGUUGAUGUGCGGAGGAGAUUGGCUGAGAAAACGCUUUGAAGUGAAGAAAAAAUGUUUGUGCGACAAAAAAGCAAUAUAUGUAAAUUUGCCUCUUGAUGGUGAUGUGCCAAAGGUAACUUCAUGUAACUCAACUGCCGAUAAUUGUCUCGAUUGUUGUUUUUAAAUUGCAUCAUGUUGUGACAUCUUUGAGAUGACUUAAUGUGGUGGAUUUGAGGUUUGAAGUUUGAGAUUUGAGGUUUGAAGUUUGAAGUUUGAGAUUUGAGGGUUGAGAUCGGAAGUUGGAGUUGAUACUUCAAUUGGUUUUGAUAUCAAAUUACGUGGUAAUUUUUUUAUCUUUUAUGUUGGGUUUGCUAAUUUUCUAGCAAAUUAUAUCGAUAAUCUUGUGCUAUUCUCAUUUACUUGUAAAGAGAUAUAUACAUAUUAGUUGCAUUGUGUUAUACGGUUCUAAUUUAAUUUAUUAUCAUUUAUUUUAUGUAGGUUUGAGAGGAAAGCAACAAGAACGACUUCGUUACGUGGACUUUGUCACUUUUGAACAAACAUGGG